UUACGAUUCACUAAGUUUAUAUUUGCAUAUUGGUUAAUUUCAGUGCAAGAACAUUCCGUGUACACGGAAUGUAAAUGGCAUAAAGGCCAACGAAGUCUUUCUGGUAUUUGGAGAUUUGCGAGAGUCGCCGAAGGAGGUUUCCGUCAGCUUUCUUCGGCACGACGAAGUUGUUCUGGCUACGAAAGUCGAUUAUGAUGAAAAGAUGCUCAUCACUUGGGCCGGUUCCUCUGCGUCCGCACGGAAGGCCAAGAAAAGGUUCAAUGAUGACACUGACAAAUAUGCAAAGUUCGGUAGAGCUGUGUUACUGCUGUACCCAGGGAUGGAAAUAUUCGAGGUGAAUUUCAUUGGUGAACUGGGCCAUGCAGUAAACUACACGAAGAUCAACUUGGAUCAGAUCGAUCAAGUGAAGGUGGAUGGCGAUUUCAGCAGCGCCUAUAUCGACUCGCAGUAG